ACAGCAAAGAUGGCGCCAAACGCUCCUUGUUGGCGACUUAGCAAUUGCGCCUGGUGACGCGAUCGCCGCGCGCCUAGAGUAAAGAAUUCCACGCAGGUCUACCUCACGCGGUGUCGGCGGCGGUCCAAGAGCGUUUCAAUCGGGGCGGCGACGGUGGCGGCCACAUGGCAGAGACCGCAGCCGGAGCAAGCCGCUUCAAGGCCAACUAUGCUGUUGAACGUAAGAUUGAGCCUUUCUACAAGGGCGGAAAAGCACAGCUGGACCAAACCGGUCAGCACCUCUUCUGUAUCUGUGGUACCAGAGUCAAUGUCCUGAAGGUGGCCUCGGGAGCCAUCUUGCAAAGCCUGGAGCAGGAGGACCAAGAAGACAUCACGGCCUUUGAUCUCAGCCCCAAUGAUGAGGUGCUGGUGACAGCCAGCCGGGCAUUGCUGCUAGCUCAGUGGGCCUGGCAAGAGGGCAGGAUUACUCGCCUGUGGAAGGCAAUACACACAGCUCCUGUGGCCAGCAUGGCGUUCGACCCCACCUCCACACUGCUAGCCACAGGUGGCUGUGAUGGAGCCGUGCGCAUCUGGGACAUUAUGCAGCACUAUGGGACACACCACUUUCGGGGCUCACCUGGUGUUGUGCAUCUGGUGGCCUUCCACCCGGACCCUGCCUGCCUGCUGCUCUUCUCUUCAGCUGCAGAUGCUGCCAUCCGUGUGUGGUCACUUCAGGACAGAUCAUGCUUAGCUGUGCUGACUGCCCACUACAGUGCCAUCACCUCAUUGGCCUUUAGUACUGAUGGCUGCACUAUGCUCAGCUCUGGCCGUGACAAGAUCUGUAUUGUUUGGGAUCUUCGCAGCCACCAGGUCACAAGGACUGUGCCAGUCUUUGAGAGUGUAGAGGCUGCUGUGCUGUUGCCAGAGGAACCAGCACCUGAGCUGGGUGUGAAGUCCACAGGUCUGCACUUCCUGACAGCUGGCAACCUAGGUAUGCUGCGGGUGUGGGAGGCAGCUUCUGGGCAGUGUGUGCACACACAGUCUCAGCUGCCAGGCCCUGGGAGGGAGCUGACCCACUGCUCCCUGUCUCGUACCGCUGGCCUGCUCCUCAGUGUCACUGCUGACCACAAUCUGCUGCUCUAUGAGGCACACUCUCUGCAGCUGCGGAAACAGUUUGCAGGUUACAGUGAAGAGGUCUUAGAUGUCCGGUUCCUUGGACCUGAAGACUCCCACAUUGUUGUGGCCUCCAACAGCCCCUGUCUGAAAGUGUUCGAGCUGCAGACAUCAUCCUGCCAGAUCCUUCAUGGCCACACAGACAUAGUCCUGGCCCUGGAUGUGUUCCGGAAGGGGUGGUUCUUUGCCAGCUGUGCCAAGGAUCAGACCAUCCGCAUCUGGAGGAUGAACAAGGCUGGCCAGGUGGCCUGUGUGGCUCAGGGCUCUGGGCACACACACAGUGUGGGCACCAUCUGCUGCUCUAGGCUAAAGGAGUCCUUCUUGGUGACUGGCAGCCAGGACUGCACUGUGAAGCUGUGGCCCCUUCCUGAAGCCCUACUGUCUAAGAGCACAGCUCCAGACAGCAGCCCUGUUCUCCUACAAGCCCAGACCACCCAGCGCUGCCAUGAAAAGGACAUCAACAGUGUGGCUGUUGCCCCCAACGACAAGCUACUGGCAACAGGCUCACAGGACCGCACAGCUAAGCUCUGGGCCCUGCCACAGUGCCAGUUGCUGGGUGUCUUCUCAGGCCACCGCCGUGGUCUCUGGUGCGUGCAGUUCUCACCCAUGGACCAAGUGCUGGCCACAGCCUCAGCUGAUGGUACCAUCAAGCUUUGGGCACUACAGGACUUCAGCUGUCUCAAGACAUUUGAAGGUCAUGAUGCAUCUGUGCUGAAGGUGGCCUUUGUGAGCCGCGGCACACAGCUGCUGUCCAGUGGUUCUGAUGGCCUUGUGAAGCUCUGGACCAUCAAGAACAACGAGUGUGUGCAGACACUGGAUGCCCAUGAGGACAAAGUCUGGGGGCUGCAUUGCAGCCGGAUGGAUGACCGUACCCUCACUGGUGCCAGUGAUUCCCGUGUCAUCCUCUGGAAGGACAUCACAGAGGCAGUACAGGCGGAGAACCAGGCCAAGCAGGAGGAACAGGUGAUCAAGCAGCAAGAACUGGACAACCUGAUCCAUGAGAAGCGGUACCUGCGGGCUCUGGGCCUGGCCAUCUCUUUGGAUUGGCCCCAUACUGUGCUGACCAUCAUCCAUGCCAUCCGGAGGGACCCUGAGGCCUGUGAGAAGCUGGAAGCCACUGUGAUCCGACUGCGGCGAGAUCAGAAAGAGGCCCUGCUGCGCUUCUGUGUCACAUGGAACACCAACUCACGGCACUGCCAUGAAGCCCAGGCUGUGCUAAGUGCGCUCCUUCGUCAUGAGUCCCCCGAGGAGCUGUUAGCCUAUGAAGGAGUACAGGCAGCGCUUGAAGCCCUACUGCCCUACACUGAGCGGCACUUUCAGCGGCUCAGUCGGACACUUCAGGCAGCCACCUUCCUGGACUUCCUGUGGCAUAGCAUAAAGCUGCCUAUGCUCCCUGCAGCCCCACAGCCCUCAAGCACAUAAAACUAAUUUCCUGUCCCA